UCAGCUUACCAUCGCGACACGUCGCCAUGUUGUUUUGUUAAUGGCCGACAACCUUAUAGAAAUCAAUUGAAGACCUUGUUUUCCUGUUUAAUUUACUGAUAACCGCAAUUCUGGAAGAAAUAAAAGCAAUUACAAUGCACGGCCGGGGAGGAUUUCCCAUAAAAAAUGUUGUAUUUGGAGUUUUUAUUGUAUUAUUAAUUUAUAUGACUUAUUUAUACAAUGGUUCUCAAAACCGUUUGCGUGAAGCUGAAAUGACAGGGGCACGUUACAAAAGGGAAGCAGAUGACAGAGUCACUGAGAUUCAAGACCUUGUGAAAGCCAAAGAUAAAGCCCAAGAAAACUGGCAGAAUGAAAAGUUUGAACUAAACAACAGAAUAAAGUCCAUUAACCAGCAGCACAGUUUGUUACAGGGUCAGUACAAGGAAAUAGAGGCUGACUUAUUGAAACUUAAAGAUGACAUGACCAAAAUGAGCCAAGCCCACCAGGAUGUUCUAAGUCAACAUUCCCAAGAAUAUCAGCUACUGAAACAAACUAAGGAUAAUGAGAUCAGCCAGCUGAAAGAUGAUUUGGCAAAUUUAAAAAGACAAAAGUCUGACUCUGACUCCCAAAUCCAGAGCUUGCAAGAGAGUGUGAUUAAGACUCAGAAUGAACUUGAGUCAACCAAGACUGAAGCCAGAAACUACUUUAAGCAGCUCAAGGAACAGCAUGAGAAAGAUGUAUCUAUCAAUUCAAAUUUAAUGAAAAGUCUAAAUAUGCUCCAGAAAGAAAAGGCAGACCUGGAGAUAGAAUUAAGAUUUCUUAAACAGAACCAAAAUGCGCCUAAAGUACACUUGAAUUUAAGCAAUGAUGUACCAACCCAGCAACCAGCUGUUCAACAUCAAGCACAGCAAGUGGGAAGUCUGUUUGAUGAUAGCCAUCAGAAUGCUCAGUCUAAUAAUAACAACAAUGUUGAGCAUAUGCAGAUGGAAAAAGAUAACCCUUUUAAGCAGUUUGAAAACUUAUCAGAGAAAGAAAAGAAGGUUCCAACACCUCUUAUCAAUAUCCUUGGCAGAGAAGGUGGAGCUGGUACUGAUAAGCCUAAGGUUGAUGUGGAAGAAAUGAAUGCUCAGCACCAGGUGAUAGCACCAGUGCAGCACCAAGGCCUAGCAAAUGAUGAUGAGCAGGCCAGGAAUGGACAAAAUUCAAAGGAUACAGGGAAAAGGCCUGACAUAAAUCCUAAUGAUGAGCAAAAAGUUCAAAUCUUGGAGCCAGUUCUAAACCCAGAGAAGGACAAAUUAAAGUAUGAUCCAGGGCUGGAAGGCAUAGACGAGGACAAGAAAGACAAUGAUAAAGAUGUAAGAAUGGAUGAAGAAGGAGACGAAGAGAGGGCUGAGCACAAAAACCCUCUUGCUCUGGGCCAGAUCCAGGGUCCCCAGCCCGGUGCAGACAAUGCCAAUGACAACAGAAUUAAUGGACAGCAGCAGGCUCCCCUUCUAAAUGACAAUAAUGAACGUGUGGAUGGGAAGAAUGGUGCUGGAGUAGAUCAAUAUGAUACAGAGUUUAUGAAGAAGAAAAUUGAAAACCAAUAUUUUGGAGAAGAAGCUGAUGAAGAUGCUCACGGGGGUGAUGACCAAUACAGGGACGCUAAACAGAACAGAGAUGCAGACGGCCUGGAUCAAUUUGCAGAGAAUGACAAUGCUGCGCUAGAGAGGGCUAAUGAGUAGUCCCUCUGUUUUUUAGGUCUUCAUUGUGUUUGUUGGCAGAAAGUGCGAGAAAGCAUGAGGAAUGUUGUGAAUCCAGUGGCUCCUGGUGAGGUGUAGUGGUAGCCCUCAAGUGACCUUUCAGCUUCAUCAUAACUUGUGAUUUUGUUUUGUAUGUUUUAUUAUGUCAUCCAAAAUACAAGGUGCUGGCAUUUACUCUGAGUAAUUGCUUGCUGUAAAGUAUCUUUGAAAUCUAAAUCUAUUUUUUUCCUUCUCUAGAUAAUCCAUAAUAAAUUAUAAAACAAUUAGAAAAUAUUGUUAUAAGCUUUUCCUUUGAUCAAUUAAUUUCAGGUAAUACAAGAUUUGAUUUGAUUUGAUUUUUUUGCAAUUUAUCAGUAAAUGCAUUUCAAGAAAAAAAAAAACAUAUAAAAAAAAACAAUAUAUAUAUAUAUAUAUAUAUAUUUAUAGAUAUAUAAUACAUUCUACUAAAAUAUUUCAUUGUUUUGUUUUUUACUAUUUCUUUAAUAGUUACUAAAAUAAUGGGUCUUUUAUUUAUAGAUUUAUUUAUUGGUUUAGAACUUGCUCACUUAUGUAUAACUAUCUCUAUGAAAUCUAUUUUGUUCAAAACAUUUCUGUUUGUAGAUGUCUACAUGUCAGACAUUAGCAUUUUUUAACUGGGGCAACUCAUUGGACUGAAGCUUUCAGUUCUAAAUCUUCAAAUUCUAUUUUUUUUUAAAUGAUUGUUUUUAAAAAAAUGUAUAUUUUGAAUAACUACAAUAUGAGCAUAUAACUUUUAUUCUUACCAUUUUCAUAAAUAUUGAUUACAGGAAAUACAUUGUACAUUACCUGCUUAUUGAUAGACAGUUAGCAAAAAUAGAUAAACAUCCAGCAAAAUUUUUUAUUAGUCGACUAUUUAUUUAUAUAGAAACAUGUGCAGGUAAAAUGGUAAUUUAACUCUCAGAUUAAAAAUGUUUGUGUUUGUCAAACCCCACAAGACUUAUUUAUAAGUUGUAAUAUAUCUUAAUACUGUGAUGACUUGAAGUAGUGAUUUUAUUUCUACUUUUUUUUUAUGUUGAAAUUUAAAUAUUAAACACUGCCUGAUGAAAGUUACUUAUUAGUCAAUUUGUACUGAUAAAAUAGUGAAUCUUAAACCAGUCUUUUUUACCUAAAAACAGUUGGUUUUUCUGUCCCCCACUUUUGUUAUCAUGAACAUUUCACUGAACUAACAUGACAUCACUAUAAUGUUUGAUUGUUUCUUAGAGUUGUUGUUUUUUAAACCCUAAAUCUUAUAUGAACACUUGUUGAAAACUUAUUAUUAUAACAUUAGGAGGUUGGAUGUAUGUGGCUGAACUUUAAAUCCUGUGUGUUAGUCAGAUUUUUUUAUUUGGCACUAGGUUUCCCAAUGUUUUUUGUGGGGGAUUGGGUUUUUGCUGUAGAAAUUUAAGUGACAUGCUAAUCAAUUCACUUUUCUGUUGGCUUUUUUUUUCUUUCAUUAUUAUUGAAGCUUCAGAAUUUAAAAAUGUUUUUUUAUUAAACUUUGUCAGCAGUUUAAUCUUUAAGAGUUGAUAGUGCUACAUGCUGUUAAAAAAAAAGUGGUUUCUAAUUUAAUUUUUCUGAUUUCAUUUGUAGUAACUUGGUUUCUUAUUUCUUAGAGUUUGUUUUAUUUAUUGAGGGAUACAUCUUGUUCACUUUGCUCAAAUGCCAUUGUCCUCGUCCACUCAUUACAUCCAGAUAUUGUGACACUUGUACUCAGAUUGUCUUGUGUAGCCUUUGAAAAUCAACUAGUGCUAAAUGCCUACUUUGUAUAGCAGCUGAGUGAACCGCAAGGAAUGAAUGGUUGUUUAUAUUUUUUACUGUGUUACUUUUCUGUUUGAACAAUGCAAAUGCUGUACAAAGUCUUGUUCUGAUCAGUUUGUAUUCUAUUUCAAGGGCUGUUUGAAAAUGCUUUAUUAUUGAGAACUAAUUGGUUCAUUCAAAUAUAUAUACAAAGAAAAUGCUGGACCAUUUCUGAAGUGUCAUAACUAUCAAGGCAUCAAUACCAAGAUUUUGCAUUCCACAAUUUGGUUGAUAACAGGAUAGUUGUCAUAGUUUUGUUAAAACUCUUAACACAUUAAACUUUUUUUUAUACACUAUUUCUCUCCCCUUUUGUCUCUUGUUACAUACUUACUAAUAAAUUUAUUAAAGUUCAUUUUAAUUUCUAUUUUAAUACGGUAGUUAAUUAUUAAGAUAAAAAUUAUUUUUUUUUGUUUUUUUACUAAAUCUGUUGUUUAUAUUUAAUGUUUAUAUUUCAAGUUGGGAGCUAUAUUCAGAGAGAUUAUUUUAAUUUAAACAUUGUUUUUUUUCAAAACAUUUUAAGAUUAGUUUUUUGUCUGACCUAGUUGACUUUUUUUGUCUGACCUAGUUGACUAUCUUAGAUACAAAAAUUAUAUCUGUCUACAACACAUUUUUAAAAAAAUAUAAAUAUUAUAGAGCAUUUUCUUUUAGAGAACAUCUAAACUUUUUUUUUCCUGUUUGUUUGAAGUAAAUCUUAUUGCACUGCAAUAAGAACUUUGUUUUCAAAUGUUCUUUACUAAUUCUUCUGCCAUUCAUUCUAUUCAUUAUAAACCAUUAACAAAAGAACAAAAAAGAAAACAUCUUGCACUGUUUUUAGUACAAUUUUCUUAGCCACAAUGGGGUACUGUACAAAAUGUAUGUGGGUUAUUUUGUUAUUACAACUUGAAAGAGCACAGUUUGACUCAGUUCUAAAACUGUUGUCUCAAAAGUGCUCUCAAAGAUUUGCUAAAGCUUUAGUCUCUCAUUCACCGUUUAAAUAAUAUAUUCUUCAUGGCCUUUAAGUCUAUGGUCAACAAUACUAUGAUCAAUGGUUACUGAAGAUGCUUGUGUUGCAGAUGAGUAGUACAUCUCAUUGCACCAUAUUGUGUCCCAUUAAGUUUGAAUCCCAGCAGAGGUUAGGUUCUUGAGAAGGUCUUGUGUCUUUCAAUCUGGCUAUCUGACUCUAGUAAGAGAAAGUAAAAAUGAUUAAAGGCCUCUUCCCCAUAAGAAGAUUUCCAACUUUUAAAUGAAUUCUUUCUUUCUAAUUUUGAACACCUUUCCAUCCUACAAAACUAUGAACAGAACUAUUGAACUAGAUGUGAUCAGUGAGAAUGAUUGUAUUGGUAUCUGAGGUGAUUGUGACCAAUGCAUUUUCUUGUGAUUCAUUGUUGCAUUUGAAAUCAUGCAUUGCAUCAAUGAUAAUAGAGGGAAAUAAAUGCUUUUUUAUUUUGUUUAAGUAUAUCAUAGCUUUUUAUUUUGACAUUUCAGUUGUUACUAUUCCAAUAUAUUGUAGCCAAUGUCGGCUAAUAAAAUGAAUCUAAUGGUUGAUAAUGUUGUUUAUUUUGUGGGGCUUUUGAAACAAAAUAUUUUUGUGAUUUUUUUUUUA